AAGAAGAUGAAUCCUUGCAGUCACGAAAGCUUUAAAUCGGAACACCGCCACCACCACCACCCUGUUGGUGGCGUUGAGUGGGGGGAGGGGUAAUGGACGCGCUCGCGCUUUUGGCGGGAAAUAAUCUCGCGGCGGCUGGGCGGGUGAAAUGGCGGCCGCGUCGCCUUCGACUUCGUCUCUUCCUGAGGAGGGGAACUCAGCAGCAGCAGCCGCCGCCGACGCCGACGACGCCGCGCAGCAGCAGCAGAAGAAGAAGAAGCGCAAAGUGGUCGCCUCGGCGGGGGAGACGUUUACCUCGCUCCGCGGAUUCAAACUCGUCCGGGUCUUAAACGACAACCCGAGACAAAAGGUCGUCUUCCUGCACGCAAAGUGGAGCGGCGAGGCGAAGAGUGGCGGUGACGGCGGUGACGGUGAGAGGAAGGAUGGCGAGGAGGAGGUGGAGGAGGAGGAGGGUCGUGAUGCCGUCGUGAUCCUGGAGAAGACUCCCUUCCGCGAGUCCCAGCUGCCGGGGCUGCUGAGCGUGGACACGGAGCUGCAGGGAGACCUCCAGAACGACAUCUACGGCACCUACACAGCACGCCCACCGCCAGGGAGCAGCGAGAUGAAGGCCACCGUCAUCUGCCCGGCCACCCCGUUGCACCUCCUGAAGUACACGCACCGCGAGGCGUUCCUCAUCGAGGAGACCGCCUCGGACUACCGCUCUACCACGCUGCCCUUCCUGCAGACCAGCAACUUCAGCCUGCAGUGGGUGUAUAACAUCCUGGAUAAGAAGGCAGAGGUGGAGCGGGUCGUGUUUGAAGAUCCCGACCCAGAGACCGGCUUCGUGCUGCUGCCUGACCUCAAGUGGGACCAGAAGCAGACGAACGAGCUCUACCUCAUCGCCAUCUGCCACAAGCGAGGGCUCAAGUCCCUACGCGACCUCACGGGGGAGCACCUGCCCCUGCUGCAGAACAUCCUCACCAAGACGCAGGCGGCCGUGCUGGAUCGCUACGGGUUGGCUGCGUGUCGCCUGCGCUGCUACCUGCACUACCAGCCCUCCUACUACCACCUGCACGUGCACGUGACCCACGUGGGCUCAGAGGCCCCGGGCGGCGGUGUGGAGCGGGCGCACCUGCUGGGCGACGUGCUGAGGGCCCUGGCCGCCGACCCCCAGCACUACGCGAGGGGCACCCUCACCUACGCCCUGCGCGAGGGCGAUGGCCUCCUGCAGGCAUUCCAGAAAGCUGGGAGAAUACCACAGUGAGAAGAGGGGACACCCGUGGGGUGGGGGUGGGUAGAGAGACGGGCAGGUUGACACUGGCUUCUGCAGGCCUUGCAGUGAGAAUGGGGGGGUGGCACUGGCCCCUGGCAGGCCUUCAGUAGCCAGGAGAACGCUGUAGAGGGGACGAGUGGCCUGUUUUAAACAGGCAUGGGAGUAAGACAAUGGUGGAGGGGCAUGUUUUUUUGCUGAAUAAAGUUGUGGGUUUUCUUAGCUCCUUGUGAAGUUGUUUAAUGGGCUCUAAAACAGAUGAGUCACCAACUACUUCCACCAAAGUAUGGGCCAUGUCACAGCACUGGUACUAGAUUAAAUAUUUAAACAAUUUACAAUUCAUGCCGACUUAAAAUCUGCUGAAAGCAUGUCUAACAAUUGCAGAUAGAUCUAUCAACCUUUCCCCACUUCUGGUUCCUCAACACCAGCUGCUCAAGAGCUACUACCCCCCCCUCCUCACCUGAGCAAACACUGUAGGACAUGUUACAAGUUGCAACCAAUUGCAGAGACAAGACAGCACUCAGACCAAGCCAAGUCAUCUUUCAAUGCCUUUUUUUUAUUGACGCCUCACUUUCCCCAAGAGGCAUAAUUGUACUUGGGUCAAAAAGCGACGUUUCACUUGUUUCAAUUUGUGCGAGUGUCCACCUUCCCUUACAGCAACUGUUGGCAACGCGUGGAGAGGAGGGGUGGGGAUGUGGGUGAGAAUUGGGCACAGUCCCAGGGAAAUGGCUCCAGUAGACAGGAAGGGGGGCAAAGUUCCAAGACACAAAACGACUUCUCUUACAGCAGCCAACAUUUUUUUUAAACAGGACUAAUGUUCAUUUGCAAGUUGCUAU